GUCUCGACUUCGACCACGUUCGCCGUUCCCGAUACUUCAUCUCGGCUUCUUUCUCACCACACCUCGAGACUUAGCUCCCUUUCCUCCCCUCUCAGAGUCUCUUCACUCGCCCACCAUGAGUGCCUCCAAGGCGCAGUCUCAAAAAAUAUUUGAGAAGUUGAAGCUCAAACCCGCAAACAAGCUAUGCUUUGACUGUGGCUCCAAGAACCCGACCUGGUCGUCCGUUCCCUUCGGUAUCUACCUCUGCCUCGAUUGCUCGGCCCAUCACCGCAACCUUGGUGUCCACAUCUCCUUUGUUCGAUCCACAAAUCUCGACCAGUGGCAAUGGGAGCAGCUGCGAGUGAUGAAAGUUGGUGGAAACGAGUCGGCGACCAAAUAUUUCCAAUCUCAUGGAGGAUCCGCCGCGUUGGCGAGCAAGGACCCCAAGACCAAGUACACCUCUACCGCUGCUGUCAAGUACAAGGAUGAACUGAAGCGACGCGCUGCGGCAGAUCAGCAACAGUACCCCGGUGAGGUCGUCAUCACGGAUAUUCCAGCAGGCACUCCCUCAGACGGCUCCGGUACUCCUGCCGGUGACCAAGAUGACGACUUUUUCUCGUCGUGGGACAAGCCCUCCAUCAAGCGUCCGAGUAACCCCCCUUCCCGCACUGGAACCCCACCUGUCGUGAGCCGCACCGGCUCACCCUUCCUGAACGCCGGCGCCGGCGCCAAUGGCUCUCGUUCGAAAUCCCCUCUGUCUGUAUCCGAAGAGAAGGCUGCUUCUCCCGCCCCGACCGCCAUCCGCGCAAACUCGGCUGCCCGUAAGACCGCCACAACCGGUGCCGCGAAGAAGGGCAGUAUUUUGGGAGCUAAGAAGGCGCCCAAGCUGGGUGCCAAGAAAAUUGUCUCUAGUGACAUCGAUUUUGAUGAGAUGGAGCGCAAGGCCAAGGAGGAGGCAGAGCGCAUUGAGAAACUGGGGUACGAUCCCGAGGCUGAGCAGGCCGAAGCCAAGGCUGCCGCUUCCACCCCGGCGAUCACCUCUCCCACCCCGAUCAGUCCCAGCCGAGCUGGAUUUGGCGCCACUGGCAAGACUCAUGAGCGUAACUCGAGCGAUGUCGAGCGGUUGGGUAUGGGAAUGAGCAAGCUUGGCUUCGGUCAAGUGUCGAAGCCGGCGGCCCCUAAGAAGCUUGGCUUUGGAGCCGUGGGCCCUGCCAAGUCCAAUUUGGAUGAGGAGGAACUUGCCCAAGCGAAGACUCGCUUCGGUACCCAGAAGGGUAUCUCUUCGGAUGAAUUCUUUGGCCGUGAGCGCUUCGACCCCAACGCUCAAGCGGAAGCCAAGCAAAGACUUACCGAAUUCGACGGCGCCACUUCGAUCUCCAGCAAUGCCUACUUCGGCCGGCCCGAGGAUGACCUUCCUGCGAUGGAUGACGGUUACGGGGACCUGGAGAACGCGGCCAAGGACUUUGUCCGACGCUUCGGCAUCACCGCCGGUGAUGACAUCGAGAACCUGUCCCAUCUCGUUGGCGAGGGAGCUACGAAGCUUCAAGGUGCCAUCCGCAACUACUUGAACAGCUAAAUCAAGCUCAUUGAUCCCCCUCUACAAAGACCCCUAUUCUCCGUGAUGCCUGACGUAUAUCCCUCUGUCUGUCUCACUCUUGUCAUCACUCUCCAUUGUUUCUUCCUUCUUUCCCAUCAUGUGAAAAGACCCUUGGGUCAAAUCGAAAUUACGGCCCUGCGUGAUCAAUGAUUGACCUGACAAUUAUCUCUCCUUGUGCUCGCUUCGACCCAAUUGCGCAUUUUUGCAGCAAUGAGAUUCUUCCCUGUUUGCGUUUUAUGUUCUCCCCCUUCUGCGUUCCCAUUUACCGCGCGUGUUCUGGUAGGACUUUGAGUUAAUUGAGAAAAUACAUGGCUUUUUAUUUCGAAGCCUUUUCCUUUUGAUGUUAUACGGCUAUAGACAAAAGUGCGUGGCAAAUACAUGAAGAUCAAUGCCAAGAUACGACGACUCGUAUAUUCUGAUAGGCCAACAUCUUAACCGACUAUAUACCUCGGCCAUCUCACAUUUCUCCGAUAUUAUAAUCUCGUAUUUAUAAUCUCGUACUACUUACCCACAACUCCAUGUGCAUACCAACACUUCCGGAUUUUGAAGACCUCCACCGAAAACUCCAUGAUGAAUGAAGAAAACACCUCGCCUGAUAAUGCAAUGUUGAAAACAAACGACCUGAAAAAAAACCAUGACAAGGAUGCCCCGUGUUCAGUUAGACACGAUAGAUCGCAUCAGCGACCUUGACCACCUGCCACAUCUCAUGUACAUCAUGCACACGCACAAUGUCCGCACCACCAGCAACACUAGCAGACACCGUCGCAGCCGUACCCCAAACCCGUUCCUUGGGCGUCUUCACGCCAGUAAUAUGACCAAUGAAUCUCUUCCGACUCGGCCCCAUCAACCAAGGGAAACACUCCAGCCCCUCAACGCGCCUCAAUUGAUCCAAGUCCCGUAAUAUCUCCAAAUCAUGCGGCUGAUUCUUCGCAAAGCCCAAGCCGGGAUCGAGAAUGAUCCGCCAACGCCGAAUCCCCGCGUCCUCGGCGGCGGCAAUGCGUCCGCGUAGUUCGGCGGCUACUUCGGUGAUGACACCGUCCGGGUACUCGGUCAAUUUCGUCAUGGUCUGCGGCGUGCCGCGCAUGUGCAUCAGGAUAAUGGAUUUACCGAUGCGUGCGGCCGUAGGAAGCAUUUCCGGGUCGAGCAGGCCGGCGGAGACGUCGUUGAUGAUAUCUGCGCCGGCGGCGCAAGCUGCUUCCGCGACGCGCGCGCGGUAGGUGUCGAUGCUGAUGGCGAUGUUGGCUGCUUCCGGGAUGGACGUGCGGAUGUGGGUGAUUGCUGGGACGACGCGGGCGAUUUCUCCGUCUGUGCCGACGGGGACAGAGCCUGGGCGGGUGCUUUCGCCGCCGAUGUCGAUUAUUGUUGCCCCCGAGGCGAUGAAUUUGCGCACUGUUUCGGUGAGUUGGGUAAAGUCGGUGGGGGAGUGGGUGCCUCCGUCAGAGAAGGAGUCUGGGGUUAAAUUGAGGAUAGCCAUGACGUGGGUGUGCCGGGUGGGAUCCGUGGCGUGUAGUGAUGGGAAGGCUGUGGAGAUUGGUGUUGUUGACUGAGGCGUGGGCUCUGGUGGUGGUAGAGCUUUGAGAUGGUCGCUGUAUGUUUGUGCGUUUUUGCCUUGCUGAGGAGGGCGUUCAUGAGGG